AUGGUUGCCGAAGAAGAACAGGCGAUCUUUGUUUCUGCGCUGCAUUACGCUCUAGUUGAAUUGAAGUCGAAGAGAAUUCGCCUAUCGAAUCAAUUCGCGACGAGUGUUUUGAGAAUUCUCGCAGAGUUUCUCGACUUCUCCAAUUCACACUUGGUCUUCUUCCCAAUACUUGAUGUGUGUCGUGAAAUGGCAGAGGAGUACCCGCAGGUUUUCGAAAAAUUCUUCGAGGAGAUCAUCGACUACUUGGUUGGCUGGGACCUUGAGUCCUCAAUGCCUUCGUCCGUGCCAAAAAAGUGCCACGAAGUCAUCAAAUCGCUUCUCCCAUUCUGGCACAAAAUGCCCGACUUUGGUCAUCAAAUGAUGUCUCAGUUUUUGGAUGACAUUGGAGGAUAUGUAGAGGAGUACGAAAAACACGGCAAUUUGCGCAAUUGCUUAAACAAAGCCUGCUCAGUCCUGGAGCUUCUUGUAGUUCUGAUAGAGAUAUAUGUUCAAGAUCGAAAUAGUGUUCAGCAGUUUUAUUGGGAUGUAGUGCAGCAGUCGCUCUCUUCUUGCACUUCGAGCAUGGCUCAACUCGGCUCCGAACCGUCCUUUCGUGUGGGUGUGUUUUUGUCGGAGUACUGCGGGAUUUUCUCAACGGCUGUGCCACUUGUUGAUUCUCAGAACGUUCACAUAGUAUCGGGAUGUGCAACAACCGCAAUUGAGAUAAUGCACAAAUAUUGCUCCAACGAGGCUGCUGUAGUUAAUUGUCUCAAAUACUUCACAACGAUUUUCACGGUUUCGUCGUUACCUGCUGAAUUUACCGUUCCUCUGACUGAAAGGCUAGGGAUACUGGGAGAACAUUCAGUUUUCCAGCUUUCAGUUUUUGGAAGACCAAAACUUGCGUCGGCAUUGCUAUCCCUGCUCACCUCGAUGAUGUGCCCUUCCGUUUUGCCACUACUUCUGGCAUCGUAUACUACAGUGAGGGAAAAGCUAAUAGCUGAGGUUGAGUCCCUCCGUGACGAGAAUGCAGACCCACUUACGCUAAUACGGGAAACGGAAGCACGACUUCUGAUCCUUAUCGGAGCUUUUGCGGCGUUGGCCUCUCUCAAGAGCAGUCUUAUUGUGAUGAUGGGGUUGCGUCCGUCUUUGUUCCAUCUGCUGCUCAAAGAAAUGCCACUGACAGAACAAUGGUUCAUCACUAAAUAUCCAGCUGUUCAUUACUGCCUACUGAAUGUGAUGCACACUCACGUUGCUUCUCACGAUUAUUUCUUGUCGAAUUCUGAAUGGUUGGUCCAAAGUAACUCGCCAAGCUGCAUGUUUGCCAAAGAGCAGUUGAUGGCCAUCGACCGCUUAUUGAGCUCUCAUAUACAAUGGGAACACACAAAAGCUUUGUGCGUGAAAUGGCUGCAUGGACUUUUGUCGGGUAUCGAUGAUUCUGCUAUGGCAUCGUUGUCCUAUCGUCCAGAGUUCGUUCGAAUACGCUGGGUGGUUUUGAAUACAGUUAUUACCGAGAAACCGAACGAAAAGUUGAAUGCUGUUGCAAUGCGUUUGAACGUUCACAGCGCCACCGACAAUCAAAACGCUGUAGCUAUAACGAAAUCAGUAAUAUCAAAG